AUGGCGGAUCCUUUGAGUAUUACUGCUUCGCUAUUAGCUGUUGUAACAGUUGCCGUUCAGUCGACGAAGGCGCUCCGCGAAACCAUCAUACGCUUCAAAGAUCGCGACAAAACUUUAGCCAGGCUUCAAAAUGAGGUUCAAGAUCUCGUCACUAUUUUAGACUCGUUGAGACAAGUAAUCGAUACCGAGGUAUCAAUGCUGGCGCUUCUUCAAGGUCCUAUUGAAAGGUGCGCCCAAGUAUGCCGCGAGUUCGAGCAAUCGAUGGAGAGUUUCGGUCGAAAGUCCAAGACAGGCUUUCGGGAUUGGACAAAGAUGGAGUUCAUGAGAGGCGAUAUCAAUGAAUUUAUCGAUACGAUAUCUGGGUAUAAAUCCACCAUCUCAGUCGGCUUAGGCACCGUUACUAUACAUACUGCCAAAGUCUCCCGGAAAGUUCUUCAGGAUUAUAACGAGAUGAUUCAGGACACAUCGUAUAAUCUCGAGGUCCAAUUACGACGAGUUGAUGAGAAAAUGGCGCGAUUUACUACCGAUAACGCAAGUAUCUUGAACACGAGCGUCGAUCUCAAAGACGAAAGAGAAGUGACCAAACAAUGUCUUCGUAUUUGCGAAGAUGCGAGUCAUUAUAUUGAAUCCUUGACGAAUCAAGAGUCCUCCAUAUUACACAAAACGCUGCAAGACGCUACCGAAGACAGUGGGCAAAACUACUUUGAGGCACAGACGAUCACACGUCAGGCCCUGGAUGAGAAUCGAGAUAGUUUCGCGAUGAUCAUCGGUCAACUUCGGAGACGCUUGGAGUCCCUGAUUUUGAAAAAUGACCCUAGUGACGAAAAUGAGAGAUCACGUUUACUAAGCGAUAUAGAUACUUCAAAGCAGUGCCUAGAGGUUUGCAAGGUGGCAAGCGAAGUUUCCACCCAAAAAAUAUACAGAAUCGGAGAGGUGGUUGCGGAUGGCGAUAGCGAUCAAGUUGUGGUGAAUACCUUGGCGGAUCUGUUCGAUGUCAAGAAAGCGUUGUCCCUGGGUACCUCAGCACAGUUGGUUGGCUCUAUGACGGAAGAAGCACUUCGACACUUGGCCGAAAAGCGUUAUAGCAGCCGAUUUGGAGCUUUCGUCCAAGAACCUAACCCUGCUGAUGCUGUCAGUACUAGACUGCCUUCAGCCGGUGAGAAUAGAAAGGGUCGGGGCUCUUUUCCGUCUUCAAAGGAUCAUGACGAGCAGUCUCCUAGGCCGAGAGCAAGACAUAACCCGUCUUCCAAUGAAGUGAGAAAACGAUAUACGCGGGAUGAAACAGGACAGGGCACAUGUCAAUAA